UUUUAAUUUUUGUUCAAGAGGAAAUAAAAGAAGCGAAGCGCGCUUCGUAGUAAGCAUAAACACAGUGACUCUGUGAGUUGGUGCGUGAUUGCACGUGGGAGAGGCGGAGAUAGAUAGAGAGAGAGAGGACAAUAACUUGAAUGGAAAGAACCACGGAAACGACGCCGUCCUAAUCAAUGCAAGAAGAGGCAGCAACCGAGCGCGGCGCCGGCGGUAAACUAAGGAGGCAACCGCCGCGUCGACCACCGGCAACACCCUACGCCCGUCCUCAGCAGAACCAAUCCCUACGCGGCCGCUUGCACUCCAAACUUGUUGAUCCCGCUUGCCGUCUCAUAGUCGGCGGGGCCACUAGGAUCUUACCCUCUCUCUUCAAAUCCUUCAGCAUCGAUUCUCUCCCGCCGCCAGAACCACAAGCUCAUGUUCAGUUUGAUGGAGAUAUAGAAGAAUAUGAUAAUGAAGAAGACCAAAAUUGUGCAACAUUUGUUGAAUCCAAAACAGCUGGUACUAGUGGGGAAACCGAUGGACCAAAGGCUGGUUCUGACUCCGCUGAAAAUAGAAAAGGCCACCAACGUGACACUAACGAUGAUGGGAUUUCAGAAAUUGAGAAGCUAGUGAAGGGGAAAACAUUUUCGAGGGAUGAAAUAAAUCGUCUGAUUGAGAUUAUAAAUUCAAAGGAUGCUGAUGUUCCUAAAGUUAAUCAGGAAAGUAAGGAUUUAAUCCUGUCUACCGGAAGACCCGAGGGACCUAUAGUUGCUACAAACCUGAGAAGGCAAACCAAAGAAAAACAGGAUGAUCUAAAUAAAGCUGUCAGAGAUCUGGAAACCCCACUUCCUAAGCCAACUCUUCUAGAUGAAACUGCACCUUCACCAAUUGAAAUUGCAAAAGCGUACAUGGCAAAUCGAACAUCAGAAGUUAACCUAGGUUCAAAAAGUAUUAUAUCAAAAGAAGAAAGACAAACGAUGCUGGCUGAUGAUUUUGCGUCAGAACCAUUUGCUCCAUUUGCUUCCCCAAAGCCAUCAGCAGGUUGGCCAGUUUCCAUGGUGCUGGAUCAACGUGGUUACUUAACUCCUCAAAGUCAAAGAAGUAGAUUCGGGCUUCAUAAUAUUCCAAGAACCCCUUACUCCAGAACAAUCUAUUCAAAAUCUAAAUCCAAGCUGGCUCAUGUACGAGACGAGAGUGAUGGUUUCCUGAAUGGUUCAUUUUCUCCCUUGCAGCGAUCACAAACUCAUGCAUAUGGGCAGUUGAGGAGAAAUGUAAUGGAUAAUGGCCAGGGGUCUGUGGGACCCAUUCGCAGGAUUCGGCAUAAGGGCACUGCAGAAACUCCAUCCAGAGGAUCUGUUUAUUCUCAUUCAUCAUUGAAUGGUUCUUUUCCAGUAGUAAAUUCCAAUAUUCCCAAAGGUCUUUCUCCUUCUAUCAAGAGGACUAUGGAACAGGGAGGCACUAGUAGCUCUUCAGUUUUCCAGCUGGUAGAUAAAAAUAGAAGCUCUGAAAUGGGUAUGCCACCUGUUCAUCCCCAUUCCAGUCAGAUGGCUAGGACAAUAUUGGACCACCUUGACCGAACUCUAGUGACUCCAAAGGAGAAGUCUGAGGAGUUAAAGGCAGCUACUUCAUGGAAAAUAUCUCAAUCUUCGGAUGCUAAUGCUGCUGUUUUAACGGGGUAUAACAAUGUGCCAAAUUUAGGACUUGAUUAUUCUAAAAGCAAGGAUAAAAUCAACAGUAGAAGUCCUGCUCUUCCCUGGGAUGAAAAGUCAAUUUCUGUGGCUUCUCCAGAGAGUAAUAUGAAGAAAACAAAUUCUACUUCAAAUUUAGAAGUUGAUAGGAGUAGGACUGCUACAAUGUUAGGUAGUAAUGCAGUGUCGUCAAUAGAUAGUGGAAAAACUCGGGAUUCACAAAUGAAGACCGCACAUAAGGAUCUUCCAAAUUUAACUGGUGUUCCAGUGUUUGGGGCCGUUGCAUCCGAGGGUCUACAAAAGCCUUCAUCAAAUUCUUCAGGAAAUAAACCCGUUUUGGCUUCUAUUUCUGUCACCAAGCCUGAGCAAAGGUGGAUGUUUACUCCGGAUAAUAGCACCGGUUUCACUUUCCAGGUUUCUGCAUCUUCUGGCAUGUCUUCUGAGCCGCCAACACCAACCAUUGUACCGUCGAUUUUGGGUAGCAGUCAGCAUCAACCCAAAGAGGAGCUUACAGGACCUACAUAUACUUUUGGCUUGAACAGAUCUUCCCCUGCUCUUGUUUUCUCUUUCCCUUUGACAAGCAGCGCCCCAAACCACAUCGAUGCAUCGGAUAUUACCUUCAACUUCGGACCUGAAAGGUCAUCAAGGAUAUCUUUCAGUUCUAUCGGAAAAGACGCCACUUGCCAUUGACACAGAUAUCCAUGUUCUUAUUUUCCUCUUUUGGUUUCUUUGGGACUGUAGCAAGUUGGACUCCAGAUUUCAUCAAUUAGAAUCAGCAAAGGCAAAGACUUGUCUAAAGCCGAAACUUGGUUGGAUUCAGUUAGUGCUAGAACAUAGUGCUCCUUUGGUUA